GAGCGAGCAGUUAACGAGCAGAUCGCGAGCGGAAAAUAACAUAAAAAACCUCAUUUAAAAAACCCGAAAACAAUUAUGGAUCGUUGGCUAAAUCGUGUUGCUGUUGUCACUGGCGCCAGCUCUGGCAUUGGAGCUGCCUGCUGUCGUGAUCUGGUGGCCAAGGGCAUGGUUGUGGUGGGACUCGCACGCCGCGAGGAUCGUCUGCAGGAGCUCAAGGACUCGCUGCCGGCGGAGCAGGCCAAGCGCUUCCAUCCUCGCAAGUGUGAUGUUAGCCAGGAGCAGGAAGUGAUUGACACCUUUGCCUGGAUCGAUGCCCAGCUGGGUGGUGCUGAUGUUUUGGUCAACAAUGCGGGUAUUGUUCGUCCCGGUGUUGGUAUCAUCAGCGAAGGCAAUUCCAGUGAUUUGCGUGCGAUUUUGGACACCAAUGUCUUGGCCGUAUCCUGGUGCACCCGGGAGGUGUUCCGUUCAUUGCAGAAACGUAACAUCGAUGAUGGACAUGUCCUCAUAGUGAAUAGUGUGGCUGGUCAUCGGGUGCCCAUUAUGCCGGGCAUGAGUAUGGGCAUGUAUGCGCCCUCCAAAUUUGCCAUCACAGGUUUAACGGAGGUACUGCGUCAGGAGUUUAUCAACAGCAAGACCAAGACCAAGAUCACGAGCAUCAGUCCUGGAGCCGUUGAAACUGAGAUUGUGAGCAAGGAAGUCCUGCUUUCUUUCCCUGAACUGCCCAUGCUCCGGUCUGAGGAUGUGGCCGAUGCCGUGACCUACUGCAUCCAGACUCCACCGAAUGUCCAGAUUCAUGAGCUGACCAUCAAGCCCGUGGGCGAGACCCUCUAAGUGUCACCUUUACCCCUGUUCCCUGGACUGUGUUUAGCUUUUAAGGCUCUACGCUUGAUAUUAUAAAUGUUAAUUGUUUUUUUGUGAAAAAGUCGAAACAAAGGUGUUUUUAAGUAAGAUUUAA